AUGCAGCUCCACCGGCUACCGCUGCCCGCGCCUGGGCCCGGGGGCUCGCGCCCUGCCGCCCCUCUGCUCGCGCUGCUGCUGCUGCUCGCCCUCCAGGGCACCGCGGCGGCCCCCGCGGGGUCCGAGCAGCCCCAGGACUCGGGCUGGCAACAGGACGCCGAGAUCCCGCGCAGAACCCUGCAGCAGGCGGCGCGCGCGGCGCUGCACUUCCUCAACUUCCGCGUGGGCUCGCCCAGCGCCCUGCGAGUGCUGUCCGCGGUGCAGCAGGGCCGCACGUGGGUUAAUUCCAAGAAGGAAUGCCAAGUGGACCUGGUGUUCACCACGGAGCGCUACAACCCGGGGGAAGGUGAGGAACAUUUGGGGAAAUGUUCUGCUCGAGUGUUUUUCAGGGGUGAGAAACCCAGACCGGCCGUCAAUGUCACCUGCACACGGUUCAUCGAGAAGAGCAAAAGGCAACAAGAGGAUUUCCAGCUUUACCAGCACAUGAAGCAACUCAAAAGCCCCUUGGAUGUAGUCAGCAUACCUGACAGUCAUGGACACAUUGAUCCUUCUCUGAGACCCAUCUGGGACUUAGCUUUCCUUGGCAGCUCUUACGUGAUGUGGGAGAAGACGACGCAGUUCUCACACUACUACCUGGCGCAGCUCAGCAGCGUGCAGCAGUGGAAAACAAAUGACGACGCAAUUGAUUUCACUUACACUGUUCUACUCCAUGAAUUCUCAACACAGGAAAUGGUUCCCUGUCGUAUUCACUUGGUCUGGUACCCGAGCAAACCACUUAAAGUGAAGUACCACUGUCAGGGGCUGCAGACACCAGAAGAAGCCUCUGGAACUGAAGAGGGAUCAGCCGUGGCACCGACAGAACUUGGCAAUUUCUGAAAAGAAAAGAAAGAUCUGCCCACCCCAAAUUCUAAACAAAGUGACUGUACUCAAUAGCCUAAAUAAUUAUUCUAGCAAAAUAGCCGAGGUCCAAGGCAUUCUAAUAAUUCAGGGAAGCCUGCGAUGCUCAAAAAUGAAAAGAUGCUGGGGUUUUUAAAGGUAAUAUAUUGCCAUGAAAGCAGAUUGUAGAAAAAUACUAUCUCUUUAAGAAGAAUUCUACUAUUUUUUAUGAUUUCAAGCAAGUAUUCUUUUAUAACUUGAUAGCUACUUUUAAAUAAAUGUUUACAUUUCUAAACAAAAUGUGUUAAAUGUUUGUCUAUGCAGCGAAUUCUGCACUAAGAUGGAUGUAAAUGAA